AUGACCACAACCAAUCUCCAGGAUAGCUACCAAGGCUCAUAUCGCGCUGGGACGAUCGCGAUGACUGUCCUGGGCGUCGUGUUUGUGAUUUUACGGUUUUUGGCACGGUGGAAGAAGUCACUAAAGCCAGGCCCGGACGAUUAUGUUAUCAUGGCCGCUUUAGCUCCUUUCUUGACUCUCGUUGGAUUGAUGUUAGCCUCAACUACCAAAGUUUCUAUCCUGCUCAUGUACUGCCGCAUCUUCCCCACGAGAGAAAUUCGCAUUGCCUCUAUGAUUUUGGGUGGGAUAUCAAUCGCGUGGAGCAUGUCUAUUAUCCUCGUGAGCGUGUUCCAAUGCACUCCGAUUGCGCGAGCCUGGGACACCCGCAUUCCCGGAACCUGUAUCAACCUCAAAGGCUCGUUUAUCGGAAACGCAGUGCCCAACGUCAUCACCGAUAUUCUCAUUCUGUGUCUACCGGUGCGGGUGGUGUGGGGACUACACGCAAGUAUCACGCACCGACUCGUUAUCUUCACCAGUGUCUAUCGUUUCACUACCCUUUUUGAGUUCAACCCGACGGAUAUUGCCUGGACACUCGGAAAGUCUUGCACCUGGUGUGUCGUUGAAUGCUCAGCGGGUAUCAUUUCCGCCUGCAUGCCGACCCUGCGUCCAUUGUUCAUGAUCGUUUCAUCCAAAUUUGCCAGCCGGUCUGGUACUCAAAGAACACGAACGACAGAUAUCGAGCAUUCUAAAGGAUAUGAGUUGGACAAUUCUGCCUUACGACCGUCGGAUGAGCCGCGUAAUAAAACUAGAGUACAUCUAGAUGUGUCCCGUGCUGACGAUGGAUCUGAGGAUGAGGUGCCGUUGAAUGCCAUCCGAGUUCAACAGGAUAUGACAUGGCAGGAAUCCAGGGGUGAUUCCUUUCGGGGAUAUAAAUAA